AUCCAAAUGGUGAAACUUACAGACUAGGAAUAAUCAUGGCGGCCGGUCCUAUUGCCGAACGUAAUCAAGAUGCCACGAUAUAUGUUGGUGGACUGGAUGAUAAAGUUACAGAGUCCCUCAUGUGGGAACUGUUUGUUCAGUCAGGACCAGUGGUCAAUGUCCACAUGCCUAAAGACAGGGUGACUCAAAUGCAUCAGGGUUAUGGAUUUGUUGAGUUCAUGGGGGAAGAGGAUGCAGAUUAUGCAAUUAAGAUAAUGAAUAUGAUAAAAUUAUAUGGAAAACCUAUAAGGGUAAAUAAAGCAAGUGCCCAUCAGAAGAACUUGGAUGUUGGGGCUAACAUUUUUAUUGGAAAUCUUGAUCCAGAAGUUGAUGAGAAACUAUUGUACGAUACCUUCAGUGCAUUUGGUGUUAUACUACAAACCCCAAAGAUAAUGAGAGAUCCAGAAACGGGAAAUUCAAAGGGUUUUGCGUUCAUAAAUUUCGCCUCCUUUGAUGCGUCUGAUGCAAGUAUAGAAGCCAUGAAUGGUCAGUACCUGUGUAACAGACCUAUUUCCGUAUCCUACGCCUUUAAACGCGACGCUAAGGGAGAAAGGCACGGAAGUGCGGCGGAACGAUUGUUAGCUGCCCAAAAUCCGCUAAGUCAAGCCGACAGACCUCAUCAACUGUUCGCCGACGCGCCUCCAUUGGCACCACCUCCGAUGCCGAAUUCAAGCGCGGCUUCUCAUCAAGCUGCUCAUCAUCCCCAGCAUCAUGUGAUGCAUCAUGGCAUGGUGGUACCUCCUCCACCACCCCCGGCAACCCCAGGACCCCCAAUGGGUCAUCCACCUCCGCCUCCUGUUCCACCACCACCGUCCAGUGGUUUCCCUCCAUCAAGUAUUCCACCACCUCCCUUGCCUCCAAUGUCAAUGGCAACUCAUCCUCCUUUACCUCCUGGCAUGCCACCCCCAUUACCACCCAUGCCUGUCCCUACAUCACAAGCACAACAAACGACCCCGAGAAUGAUGGCGCCACCACCUCCUCAUUGGGGUGUCAGUGGGCCGCCUCAAGGACAGUUCCCACCGCCUCCGCCUCCGUCUUCUACCGGAGCACCUCCGCCCCCACAAUUCGGUCAAUUUCAACCUCCACCACCGAGGCCACCACCUACCUGGAGGCACCCACCACCACCUCCCGUCUCUCAAGGUGGCCCGCCACCUCCUCCGCCUCCGCAAUUUCGACCACCCUUUCCACCGAGAGGUCCUCCUCCACCUCCACCCCCUCACGAUUCGAAUCAAUAUUAACUUUACUCUUAUUUAUUUUUAUUAUUUCGAGGUCCUCGGUUCCUUGAAACUGUAACGUAAGAAUUUCAUUCUAGUAGUAUAGAAUUUAUCGACUGUACAAAUCUGUAUUUCAUUCAAAAGUUUCGUAAUAAAUUUCUUAAUAACGAA